AUGGCAAACAAUGAUGACACCACCAACUGGAACCACAAGAACAAGGGCAGGGGCAACAACCAUGCUGCGAAGCACGCCCCUAAUCUUCCCUUCUAUCCGGCCUUUUGCUUCAAGGCAUCGCCCACACAUUUUGCGUGGGUGAAGAUGGGCGCUACGGAUGUGCAUCGGCUGAAGAGACGGACGGAAUAUGGAGAGCCAGACCUCUUCUUCUAUCAAAACCACCCAAUCCGCUUCGUGAGCCUUGUCGGCAUCAUCGUUGCGCGCACCGAUGUCCCACGGCGGACGAUCCUAACGCUUGACGAUAGCACAGGUGCAACGGUCGACGUCGUUGUUCUGAAGAGCGAUACCACCACAUCUGUCCCCGCCGCCGCUACGGCCGAAUCGAAAACGAAAGACGACGCCGAUGCGGAUGCGCCGCCUAAGGAAAUGCACUUAACGCCCACAACCCAGACUUCCAUAGACAUAACGCCCUUACAGCCGGGCAAGCUGUUCCAGAUAAAAGGCACGCUGUCGACCUUCCGCUCUUUAAAUCAGAUCCAACUGGAGCGGUUCUUCCCGGUUCCGGACACGAAGGCCGAGAUGCGGUUCGUGGAGGCGCGGUUGAGGUUCCUGGUGGAGGUGCUUUCUGUGCCGUGGGCCCUGGGGGAAGAGGAUAUUGAGGGGUUGAGAGUGCAGGCGGAUAACGAGGGGAGGAAGAUUGAGGAGGAGCAGGAGAGGCAUAAAAGAAGAGGGCGGAAACGGGCGGAGAGGGAGGAGAGGGAGAGGAGGAGAGCCGAGAAACUCUGGGAACAGGAGGAAGCUAUUCGAGAUAGGGAGGGGAUGGCUGUGAGGGAAGCAGGCUUGGAGUAUAUGAUGGAGAUUGAGAGACGAAGGGGACAUGGGACUACCGCCUAG